AUGCCUCCUCCCUUCCCAUCGUCUCGCGGUCGCAUGACUGCGAAUCCGCAGAGGCCACAGCGUUACCGGCCAGGAAAGCCAAUCGCAGAAGAACAUUCUUCGGAGGAGGAAGAGGAUGACGAUGAGGAAAUUAAUGAAAAGGAACAGCGACGAGAACAGGAAAGGUUACGACGACAACAGCAUAGAGCUCCUCCCCCGAAAGCAACUUCGUUUCCUGCCGCCCCCACGUCAAAACUUAUAAACGGAGUACGUGAGGUGAAGUUAGAGGAGGAAAGUGAAGAUGAAGCAGGGUUUCUCACUGACGAAGAGGAGGAGGAUGAGGCAGGAAAAGGCGUGGGGAAAGGAACAGAUCAAGGAGGGGAAAAUGAAGAGGAUAGCGAAGAAGAAAGCUCUGAGGAGGAAGAGGAAUCAAGUUCGGAGGAGGAAGCACCCAGAAGGAUAUUACUUAGGCCCACAUUCAUCAAAAAGAAUCAGCGGAAGGACUCUUCGACUCCAGGCGUUACAAGCAACGGGGGAGCUGGACCAUCACCUGCAGAUCCAACCACAGAGGACGCAGCCGAAAUCGCACGCAGAAAAGAGAGGGCGGAUAUUCUGAUUCGGGACCAGCUGGAGAAAGAAGCUGCUAUAAGACUUGCGGGGAAGAAAUCUUGGGAUGACGAUGAGAACGUCGAAGGAGAGAAUGAAGAACAAAUUGACGAUACCGACGGGCUCGACCCGGCCGCUGAGCUUGCAGCGUGGAAGCUUCGGGAGCUGAAACGCAUCAAGCGCGAGCGGGAAGUUAUCGAGCAGGCGGAAAAGGAGCGUGAGGAGAUCGAACGGCGUCGGAAUCUCACGGCUGAAGAGCGGGAGCGGGAAGACCGGAAAUUCCUUUCACAGCAAAAGGAGGAGCGGGAAGCUGGAAGAGGAAAUGUCGGGUUCAUGCAACGGUAUUUUCACAGGGGGGCAUUUUUCCAUGACGAUAUGGAGGAGAAAGGGUUAGAUCGUCGCGAUCUCAUGGGGAGUCGGUUUGUGGAUGAGGUUAAGAAUCGCGAGGCGCUACCGCAGUAUUUGCAGGUUAGGGAUAUGACUAAGAUUGGGAGGAAGGGGAGAACGAAGUAUCGGGACUUAAAGAGCGAAGAUACGGGUCGCUGGGGGGUUGAUGGAUAUAACCGUUCAGUUACAUCUAAUAAUACGGCACGGUUUGGGAUCAAGGAUGAGCGAUUUCUUCCAGACAAACGCGAGGGCGAGCGGGAUAGGCCGUAUGGUCCUACGGGUGCGAAUUCUAGUGCCUUUAUAGAUCGACCUCGCCCCAGACGGCGAUCACGGUCAGGAUCUAGGUCGAGGCCGAGGUCAAGGUCAAGGUCUGGAGCACGACCACGGCGCCGCUCUCUGUCACGAUCCCGGUCCCCAUCACGAUCGCCACGACAGAGGGAAUGUAGGGGUUGCUACCGUGAUGAUGACAGGCCGAGAAGGAAGCGGAGCCUAUCACCGUAUGACGACAGAGAUAAGCGCCGUCGGAUAGGUACUGCCGCGUAG